AUGGAGAACCAGGGCGAUAACUCCGGCCGGCACCACGGCGAGAAGCCGUCUCCGACGCGGCGGAGCUUGAAGAGAAAGCUCGACGAGGAUGUGGACGGUGAUCGGUCGCAUCAGGAUUCUCUUCGAGGUCCUGCUUGCGAAGUUCGUGCUCAAGUCGAGAUCCUUGAUUCUGCUCUCUCGCUGUCACCGGAAGAUCGGAUGGCAGUGAAAAAGGCUAUCGACGUUCUGUCCGGCCUCGCCAGUAACGAAGAGAUGGUGGAUAUGAUUGUGGAUUGUGGGGCAGUUCCAGCUCUGGUCAGACAUCUGCAGAGUCCACGGCCGGCCGGGGAGAAAGAUGCUGGCCUUGUGGCAUACGAGCAUGAAGUGGAGAAAGCAAGCGCGCUCACACUUGGGCUUAUUGCCAUUAAACCCGAGCAUCAGCAGCACAUUGUUGAUGCGGGUGCUCUGCCCGUUCUUGUGGAUCUUUUAAAGAGAUAUAGAUGCCAUUCAGAAUCUCGGGCAAUAUGUGGAGUUAUUAAGGAAGCAGCUGAUGCCAUCACUAACCUUGCUCAGGAGAAUGGCAACAUUAAAAACUUUGUUAGGGUUGAGGGUGGUAUCCCACUUAUGGUUGAAUUACUUGAAUUUGCUGAUUCAGAGGUGCAAAACGCUGCAGCUGGAGCCCUUCGCACCCUUGCUUUUAAAAAUAAUGAGAACAAAAAUCAGAUUGUGGAAUGCAAUGCUCUGCCGACUCUUAUACUAAUGAUGCACUCUGAGGACACUGCUAUACAUUAUGAAGUGGUUGGGGUCAUUGGGAAUUUGGUCCACUCAUCUCCUAACAUCAAAAGAGAAGUUCUUGCUGCUGGAGCUUUGCAACCUGUCAUUGCACUACUCAGCUCCUCCUGUUCUGAGAUCCAAAGAGAAGCUGCUUUGUUAAUUGGACAAUUUGCUGCAACAGAUUCAGACUGUAAGGUGCACAUAGUUCAAAGAGGUGCUUUGCCACCACUAGUGGAAAUGCUCCAAUCACCUGAUACUCAAUUGAAGGAAAUGUCAGUCUUUGCCCUGGGGAGGUUAGCACAGGAUACCCACAAUCAAGUUGGUAUGGUGCACAGUGGUGCUAUAGUGCCCUUACUGGAGCUUCUUGAGUCCAAAAUUGCAUUUCUCCAACACAAUGCUGCAUUUGUUCUUUUCGGGCUUGCGGACAAUGAAGACAAUGUUGCAGAUCUAGUUCGAUUGGGAGUUGUUCAGAAACUUCAAGAUAGUGAAUUUAUUGUCCAACCUACUAGAGAUUGCGCAGCACAAACGUUGCAAAGACUCGAAGAGAAGAUUCAUGGAAGGGUAUUGCACCAUUUACUGUACAUAAUGCGUGUUGGAGAUAAAAUUGUUAAGAGCCAUGUGGCUUUGGCUCUAGCGCACCUUUGUUCAUCAGAUGACCAGAGGUCCAUCUUCAUUGAUAAAAAUGGUCUAGAUUUGCUUCUGGAACUCCUUGUGUCAACCAACUUAAAACAGAAAAGAGAUAGUUCUAUGGCUUUAUGCAGAUUAGCUAAUAAAGCCAAGUCACUCCGUCCAAUGGAUACGGCUCCCCCUUCCCCAAUUCCUCAGGUUUAUCUGGGGGAGCAGUUUGUGAAUAAUCCUACAUUGUCCGACGUGACAUUUUUGGUUGAAGGAAAACGGUUCUAUGCACACAGAAUUUGUCUGCUAGCUUCUUGUGAUGCAUUCAGGGCAAUGUUUGAUGGUGGUUACCGGGAAAGAGAUGCUAAGGACAUUGAAAUUCCUUAUAUUAGAUGGGAUAUUUUUAAGUUGAUGAUGAGAUACAUUUACACAGGAUCUGUUGAUGUUAGCUUAGAUAUCGCUCAGGAGCUUCUAAUGGCUGCUGAUCAGUAUCUGUUAGAAGGUCUAAAGCAUCUAUGCGAAUAUGCCAUCGCACAGAAUAUAUCCGUGGAAAAUGUGUCUCUAAUGUUUGAAUUGUCGGAGGCAUAUAAUGCUCUCUCCUUGAGGCAUGCUUGCAUCUUAUUUAUCCUGGAAAAGUUCGACAAUUUAUGCAACAUGCCCUGGUAUCCUUUGCUUAUCCAACGAGUCUUGCCCGAAAUUCGAAACUAUUUUGUUAGACUGCUGAUGAGGCCAAUUAGUGCCAAAUAA